AUGGACAGCAGGGGUGGUGGAGGUGUGACAAUGAAGUACAAACUUGUGUUAUUUGGGGACGCUGCUGUCGGUAAAACGAGUUUGGUUUUACGAUUUGUUAAAGGAAGUUUCUCCAAUGAACCUCAAGAAGCAACUAUAGGAGUUGCAUUUCAAAGCAGCACAGUUUGUCUUCCUGAAGCAACAGUCAAGUUUGAGAUUUGGGACACAGCAGGAUCUCAGCGGUAUCAAGGUCUUGCACCCAUGUACUACAGAGGGGCACACGCAGCCCUAAUCGUCUUUGACAUCACCGAUGAGGUAUUUUCAAAAUCAGAUAGUAAAUUUUACAAGACAGACACGAAUAACAGUAAGAAAAGGCGCUCCAUAGAGUGCACCUCUCCCCUGUGCCAGGCCGUGUAG